UGAGCUUUCUAACUGAGCUCAAUUUGAGAAAAUGGAAGUCAUUUCAACCCAGAAGUUUAUUCUACUUACUUUAGCUAUGGUGGUCUUUCUAACAUCGAAUAGUAUGUGCCUAGAUGAACUGAUGAAGUCCAGUCUGCAGAGCAGAGAAGAUGAUGAUGAUAAAUAUUACAAGAUUAAAGACAGUAUCUUGGAAGAAAAACAGAGGAGUCUGAAUUUUGAAGAAAUGAAAGACUGGGGAUCAAAAAAUAUCAUUAAAAUGAACACUCCUACAGUAAAUAAAGUGCCAAAUUCAGUUGCUAAUUUACCUCUUAGGUUUGGAAGAAACUACCCAGAAGAAAGAAGCAUUAAACCAAUUGCUAAUUUGCCUCUGAGAUUUGGAAGAGCUUUUGGAGAGAAUCUACCUAGGCAUGCUCCAAAUUUAUCACAGAGGCUUGGGAGAUCUCCACUUGUUAGAAGUUCCAUUCAAUCACUUCUAAAUUUGCCACAGAGAUUUGGGAAGUCACUGCCUGUCAGUCUGUCUCAAGGUGUCCAGGAAUCUGAACGAGGGAUAUGAAUUUAAACAACUACGUUAAUAUUGGAAUCAGAAGACUGAAAGUGAAAGACUUGGAGAAGAUGCAAUGUGUAUUCAAAACUAAAAGUCAUGCGAAGAAAACAUAUGAGAACUGAAAUGCAAACCUGUCUUCAUGUUUUAAUGUAUUCUGUACAAAUGAUUGAUGUAUAAGGCAACGAUUGUAGUGAGUGUUGUACUAGUUUACUUCAGUGGCAGUACAGUAUAAAUUCUAUUUACUUCUGUGCAACUGAUAUCUUGUUGGUUGUAAAAACUAAUUUCAAAACAAUAGCUGUAUAAUUGAAAGCAUUUUAAACAAAAUUAAAAGAAACAGUAAAAAUAAAGAAGCA